UGUAUCUCGUAUAUUGAUUGCAUGGUUCCUUUUCCCCCUCUCGUCUGAGACGAUUCAGGAAACUGGCUAGGGCGGCUAAGUGAGUAUCUGCCAAGUACCUUCUGGCGACGAGCUGAUAAAAUGUGUACUUCUACGAAACCUGCCCGCAGCAAUGGUUGAUACGGCGCCUAAUAAACCACCCCCCAAAAAAUGGGCUAAGCCCAAGCAAGGAACUGCCUCCCACGCUGGCGGGACCGAAGGAAGCGCUGGCCGCCUUUGGAGGCGAGAGUCAGCGCUUUCACCGCCCGGUAAUUGCGGCAGUCACCUGCUGCAGCCACCUGAUGCCGUCACCUCUGCUUCGGGCCCGGCUGAGUCUCGGAAAUUCCCUUUCAUCGUUCAAUGUCUUUGGCAACCGGCAACUUUGCUCUCUUUUUACCUCUGCCUUUCAUUUUGGAUCUCUGCUGCGUACACGCCUAUUCGCUUCCCCUGCUUUGAUUUUGGACAACAACAUCAAGCCUCUGCUGUUUCUAGCCGUCACUCGCCUUAUUUGUUCUGUUCGCCCGCCCCCUUCACCCUUCGCCCUCUCCCCCGUUGUUACCGAUAGUCACCUACCAAAACACGGCUGCCCUCGUGACGUUUCCUUCUCAGCAAAGUUGUAGCGAAGAGCAGUGAGGAGAGAAAUAACCC